CUAUUAUUUAUUGAAAUUUUCGAAAUUUUAAUAUAUAAAAUUUUGAAAUUUUUUUAAUUUUUCCAAAAGUAAUAUAUUAUUUUAAUAUCAAAAAAAUAUAUAUUAAAAUGUCGAGGGAGUCCGGUAGACGGUCUGUGGAUAUGGGCGACGUGAACCGAAGAUUGAGUAAAGGCAAAGCUAAAGCCACCUCCGACGGUUCGACCUCACGCGGACACGGUUCUCGAGGAAGACACUCCGUCUCUUCGUUUCCUACUGUCCCAGAUCAUUUAAUCGGGGACGCUAUGACGGAUGAAGAAUUCAACCAGAUUUAUUCUGGUAGAGGGGACGCGAAUCUCCCCACUCUUGAUAGUCUAUUCGAGGAUGUUGAUGAAGCAGGACUGGAUAAUCUUGACGGGGACGAUGAGCCUACACCGCAAAGCAACGACGUCAACGUGGAGGCAGGUGAGCCCGAGACCUCUCGAGGUCCGGAAAAAGGGACUACAAGCUAUGGACGGAGUUUUGACAAAUAUUAAAGAAGGAAUUAAAAAAAUUUGGGGGGCUCGUCUUAUUUCGAGAUCCUGGAAGAUGUUCUGUAAGUCUAAGGGUAAAAAAAUAAGUUUUGCUAGAGAUAUCAACAUUAGAUGGAAUAGUACUUACAAAUUGAUUGCACAGAUCCUAAGAUAUAAAGAGGAACUUGCCGA